AUGGUUGGAUCCCAAUGGACAAGCUCCGAACAAAAGGAUUACCUAGAGUCUCAAUUCAGCGAAUUCCUGAAACAUCAACUUCAGGGUACUUUGUUGAAUUUCUGGUCCACAGUUAGCGUGGAAUUCCUAACACGAUGGCCCGAAAUCAAUGUACUGUAUCCAGACCAUUCUGAGCUCAGCGAGGCUGAGAAUGUGGUCCUGGGAAAGGCAGUUGAUGCGCGCAAGAAGCAAAUUAAAAACUGGUUCAACUAUCGAUCUCGCAAGGGCGGUCGAUCGCAACUCAACGCGCUGACAAAAUCGAUUACCAAGAUGAUCAGCAACAAGGCAAAAGGAACUCGGGUCCAUACCGAGGUGGAAAUAUUUUCCAAAAUGAAUUACGACACUGCCGUACGGUCCCAGAUUAAGGAGAAAAUCGAGUCUGGGUUGCUCGUGACUAAGAACGAUAAAUUGUUAGCGGUGAGGGAGUCAACAAAAGCAGCCUAUGAGGCGGCGCCACCAGAAAUUCGGACAUUGUGCAAGGAGAAAGCUGCCGAAGAACGGGAAACUAGGGCCUCUGUUAUGCUAUCCGACGCUGCCAUUGGACCACCUACUAACGCGCAGUAUGCAAAGGCGCUAGAGGAGUGUAUUGGCCCGAUUUCACAAUUUUUCGAUGCAAUGCGACAGCUAACAGGUUGGGAGUGGACAGUCAUUGGUGGGGGACCCGAUCCUCGCCUUGGCGGCAUGCUUAAUGUAUCGAGCUAUCACACAGGCGUGAAUCAAUCUGGCCUUACGUGGAAGCAGGCGACUUCGAAUUUUACGGACAAGCAUCUCAACCCAUACCUGAGUUAUCUUGGGACCGUUUUCACCGAAGAUGACAGGAAGAAGCGCGCGUUAGACUACGUACUCCUGGUGGAACAAGACGAGAAUUCCUGGCGUCAAGAGGCCGAGGCUCCGACGAUGUUGGAUGCGAGCACCUCAUUGCAGGUGGCUCUCUCGUCACCUGCAGUGGCCACAGCAUGCGACUCCCAGCAAGCUGUAAAUUCCGCGUUUUAUCGGGGUAAAGAAGCAGCCACUGGAGUGCCUGCAGUCCCUGAGAGCCUUCUGCCCUUCGACUCACCAGGGCCCUCACGCUUCAGCUCACAAGGCAUUGAUGACCUGUACUCUUGGGCUGUCAAUACCCCCCUUGAUACCCCCCUUCUCAGCCAACGACCCUCAUCAUCAGUACCUUGGCCUCAAACACCUAUACUCCCUGCAUUUCCGUCAACGUCAUUGGUGCCUCCCCUUCCAUCGACUUCGCCUGAUACUCCCAUUACAUCAUGGAGGAAAGACCCCGAGCUGUGGGAUACAACAAGGGAUUUGACAUCUCCCGCUGUUCCUUCAGUGACAGCGCCGAUAUACAACUUCGACGGCUGCUCUAUUUCCUCCAGUAUCAAUCCACGGCAAAUUCCGGUUCUUCCUUACCCCAUAGCAACCGACCAACUGACUGACGACCUCCGUCCUGCCGCUACUCUAGCCCAGCUGACAGCUGUCACCAGUGUGGACCUCAGUGCUAUGGACGCACCUACUGCAGAAGCACCCACUACUGUUAUUGAUGCUGACAUUGCUGCUACAGCACCGACUGCCUCUCAUGUUCGCGCUGUUGCUAUGGUCCAGGGGACUGGUAUGGAACUACCCACCAUGGACACGACUACCACGAGCGUGCCUGCCGUAGACACAACUACCACGGGUAUGCCUGCCAUAGACACGACUACCGUGGAUACUGCACCUGCUCCCCAAAUUGCAGUGGUGCAAGCAGACGAGGACAUGCCUGUGGCCGCAGACCAGGGUGUUGUCAGGAAAAGCAAGGGUGGUAAGAAAGGUGUCGAGCAGAGGCGUCCGCAAACUGCACGCAUCCAACCUUCCAGUAGCUCACCCCCCUCAGUCAAUAUCCCUCUUCGGAAGACAGGUCGUGUCCGCCAGGAGUCCACACGCAUGGCACAAGCAAACACUAUAGGUGAGAGUGCAAAGAGACAUAGGACAGGCGAAGUGGAGAACGCCCUCCCAAAGAAGAAACGCAAAUCUUACGCCUGA